GAGAGCAGACCGGCACCCGCUACGGAGCGAGAAAAUGUCUGUUCCAAGUGGCAUCCCUGUCCCAUCUGCACCACCUUCUUAUGAGGAAACAACAGGAAUAAAUGUGAGCUAUCCUCACCCCUAUCCUGUCCCAGCACCUGGCCAGAAACCAGAUGGGAAGGGAAUGAACACUCCCCCGUACAUGGGACAGCCUGCACCUGUGAAUAACCCUGUUGCAGUUCAGACAGUGUAUGUGCAGCAACCAGUAGUAUUUCACGACCGCCCGAUUCAGAUGUGCUGCCCUUCAUGUAACCAGAUGAUAGUGACACGUCUCUCAUAUGAAUCAGGAGCUUUGACUUGGCUGUCAUGUGGUGGCCUCUUCCUGGUGGGGUGUAUUGGUGGCUGCUGCUUAAUUCCCUUCUGCGUUGAUGCCUUAAAGGAUGUGGAUCACACCUGUCCAAACUGCCAUGCUCUCGUUGGUUCUUACAAGCGUUUAUAGGCAGUGUUUAAAUAUUGAUAAUUGACCAAGGAAGUUGGCUAGCACCUCUACAAGCCCUUUCUGAAGCUUUAUGGAGAUUUCUGUAAUUUUUUUUCUGUGCUUCCCGUCACAGGAAACUAAUCAAAAGCAAUGUUUAUUGUUGGAUUGUUUGAAUAAGAAUUUGCUUGAGGGGAAUCUGACUUAGGUCUGUAAAAUUGUAUGUUCUCUUUAUGGGCCACUCAGUCCAGCACCAGUUGAUAGCAACUGAAUGUUUUCCUUUUCUGCUGUAUGCAAAACAGUUUGGUGAUAGUCUUCAGUUAAUCAUGUCUCAGUCAUGUUGCAUGUUGGUGUCCCGACUUAGUCUCAGCAG